GGCGGUGGUAAGGUGGUGUAGGUGCCGUAGGGUGCCUUAUUAGUGAACGGUCUCGAGCGUCACUGCCAGCAACGAGCCCCUCACUCAAUCCAGCCCGGCACGAAUAGACGACGCGGCCAGCCAAACGUCCCCUUUACUCUUUACUCACCGAUACUUGAAAGGAAAAGGUUUCGCGUUUGGCCUAGCGUCAACCAACUUUGCCCUGAACUUCUCCGAUACCCUCGACCCUCGAUACCCUCGAUACCCUUGACAAGCACCCUUCCUUUUGUUCCUUUUCCUAGUCCCGCAACCACCUUAAUCACCGCCCACAAUGGAGGAGAUCUCGCCAAAGUACGAUGUCAUUGUGCUGGGCACCGGCUUGACCGAAUGUAUUCUUUCUGGUGUUCUAAGUGUCAAAGGAAAGAAGGUCCUGCACAUCGACCGCAACGACCACUAUGGAGGAGAGGCUGCCUCCGUUAACAUCGAAGCGCUUUUCAAGAAGUAUGGAAACUAUACGCAAGGUGAAGAGCCGUGGAAAAAAUAUGGCCGGCCCAACGACUGGAACAUUGACCUGGUUCCGAAGCUGUUGAUGUCUUCGGGCCAGCUUACGAACAUCUUGGUGUCUACCGACGUUACCCGCUAUCUCGAAUUCAAGCAGGUCGCUGGCAGUUUUGUGCAACAAGGCUCUAGCUCCAAGGCUACCGUUGCCAAGGUGCCCUCAGACGCUGGUGAAGCUCUCAAGUCUCCGCUUAUGGGCAUCUUUGAGAAGCGUCGCAUGAAGAGCUUCAUCGAAUGGGUAGGCACUUUUGAUAUCAAGGACCCCACCACACACAAGGGCCUUGACAUGACCAAGUGCACCAUGAAGGAAGUGUACGACAAAUUUGGCCUCGAGGCUGGCACCCGUGACUUCAUCGGCCAUGCCAUGGCGUUGUACCUAGACGACAGUUAUAUUGACACACCAGGUCAGGCACCUGAUGCCAUCGACCGUAUUCGCCUCUACGGAAACUCAGUAGCAAGAUAUGGCAAGUCGCCAUAUAUCUAUCCAUUAUACGGUCUAGGCGAGCUGCCGCAGGGCUUUGCUCGUUUGUCGGCCAUCUACGGUGGCACGUACAUGCUUAACACUUCUGUGGAUGAGGUUCUGUAUGAAGGGGACAAGGCCGUUGGCAUCAAGGCUACUAUGGGAAGCGCUGAUAGUCCCGAGAAGCUGAGCUUCGAGACUAAAACAGACAUGAUUCUAGGCGACCCCUCCUAUUUCUCGAACAAAGUCAAGGUUGUCGGUCAUGUUCUAAAAGCUAUUUGCAUAUUGAAGCACCCUCUGGCUGGUACAAACGACAGCGAUUCUUGCCAGCUCAUUAUCCCCCAAUCCCAAGUGGGUCGCAAAAAUGAUAUCUACAUUGCCUGUGUUUCAUCGGCACACAACGUCUGCCCUAAGGGUUACUACAUUGCCAUUGUGUCGACAAUCGCGGAGACAACAGCCAACCAUCACCUCGAGCUGCAGCCUGGCCUAGACCGCCUCGGUAAGAUCGAGGAGCAGUUUAUGGGUGCACCUAUACCUCUUUACGAACCCAUCGGCGAUGGCAAGGCGGAUAAUAUCUUUAUCUCGAAGAGUUACGAUGCCACAUCACACUUUGAAACAACUACAGAUGACGUAAAGGACAUCUACCACCGUGCUACGGGCGAGGAGUUAAAGGUUGAGGGUCUUCGGGAUGUUCAAAUUGGUGAACAGUAGAAGGGUUGAGACGGUGAAUUUGCGGGGCUACCAGAUAGUGCUAGCGUGCGAUGUCAGGCAACAUUAGACAGGAGGAUUCGAGAGAACCAAGUCGGCAAAGGCAUGGCGGAGACGAGAGUGCUCCUGAAUGAGCACCGGUAUCAGUGUAAAAAGUGAAGACCUUGUUGAUAUCGAUCAACUGACCCGUUAAUGUGAUCUUUUUCAUAGACCUUGUAUCGGUCAAAUUGGGAGGACACCCAAGUGGAGUUGACUAAACGAACAAGGCGAUUAUUUUGAUAGAUGUGUGUGUUGUCCGAUGUUGAUGCUUAUAUUGCCAGUGAAUUUGAGGGGAGAUAUAUUUCAACCCUCUGCUAACUGCAGACGGCCUGUUUCAUGUCUAGAAAAUCUUCUAUGAUGGUGAUUGUGUUGGUUUUCGAUUGUGAUCUCCGGUAGGAUCACGCCUUUUACCGUUCUGUUCUGCUUGCCUCAGCUUUGAAAGGAUUAAAACUUACUUCGCCAGUCAGUACUACGUAGAUGUACUGCGUUAUAUACAUUAGUAUCACAAGUCUGCAUUGCCAACGUACUUAUAUCCGUGACUUUAAAUGCAGAUAUAUGAGAAUUAUCUGGGCAUUAUUAUCAUUCAAGCAUGACGACGGCACGAGAGUUGAGGAAUUU